AGUUCGUUUUGCUGGAUAUGGUAGCUCGAGUCUGCGACGAUCGGAACGGAUGGCUAGAUCGGUUGAUCCGACUCAACAGUGGUUUUUCGUGGAAGAUGGUCGUUUUAGCAUUGACCUUUUUGACGAAAAUGGUAGGAGGUGUUGGACAUCAAUCAGCAUCUUCUAGAAGUUCUUGUAGUUCUUCUAGCUCUGGUUCUGGUUCUUCAGCGACAACCGCCACGAGGACGACAAGUAGUAGCAAGCUAGAUCCGAAC